CCCAUUCUCUCCCUCUCUCUCUCUCUCCUCCGGAAGAACUCGCCAGUGUUGGCUCUCCGCCGCCGUGCUAACGUGCGCGCCGCCCGACACAGCUCCCGCCAGUCUCCGGUUAGGAGGAGUAGAAGAGGGGAGGUUGGUUCUCGACUGGUGGUACUAAACUGCGCCGCUUCGGGGGGUGGUAGAUUAUGUGUGGUUUCUUGCAUCUCUCUACUUCUGUGAUCGAUUUUUCAGGUGAUUUUCAGUGCAGGCAGAAGGCGCCUCGGGCAGAAACCACUACAGUAGGAGUGCAUGACACUCUAGUGAGACUUGCCGAGACCUCUCUUGUAUCCAUAGCUCCUUCCACCUUGGGUCAUCACCAUCACCAUCACCUUCUGAACUUGAUCUGCCCAUUGCACAUAGGAAAGGGUAACUUUUGUUCAAAUAAGUCAACUUUCAACACAAACAGGGAAGUCAGUUGUUUAGUCAGUAAUGAGUUGUUUCUCUUUCAUAUUCAGAAGGAAAAGGACUUCACAGCAAGAAACUCAUAGAGGUGAUGAAGAUAUUCCUGGCAUUGAAAAUGUAACAUUCUACUCUUAUAAUGAAUUGAGAAGUGCCACUGGAGAUUUUAGUGCUGCUAACAAAGUUGGUGAGGGAGGUUUUGGCUCUGUCUACAGGGGAAGGCUCAAAGAUGGGACUACUGUUGCCAUAAAGGUUCUCUCCUCUGAGUCAAGGCAAGGAGUGCGGGAGUUUUUGACUGAGCUUACUGUGAUCUCUGGUAUCUUGCAUGAGAAUCUUGUUAGGUUGUAUGGUUGCUGUGUUGAAGGAACUCACAGAAUAAUUGUUUACAAUUAUCUUGAGAACAAUAGCCUUGCUCAAACCCUUCUUGGUUCUGCCCACAGUAACAUUCAGUUUGACUGGAGAGCACGAGUUAAAAUCUGCAUUGGUAUCGCUCGCGGACUUGCAUUUCUUCAUGAGGAAGUCCGGCCUCACAUUGUUCAUCGGGAUAUUAAAGCAAGUAAUAUUCUUCUUGAUAAGGAUCUCACUGCCAAAAUUUCAGAUUUUGGUUUGGCAAAGUUACUGCCUGCAAAUACAACCCAUGUCAGCACUAGAGUUGCAGGAACAAUAGGGUAUCUUGCACCAGAAUAUGCAGUUCGGGGUCAAGUGACCAGAAAGUCAGACGUUUAUAGUUUUGGUGUUCUUCUUUUAGAAAUAGUUAGUGGAAGAUGUAACACUAACACAAGACUACCCUAUGAAGAUCAAUUUCUUCUCGAAAGGAUGGUUUACACUCUACAGUUCCCAGACAUCACGCAUGGGCUUCUCGUCUUGCAGACAUGGGUGCUAUACGAGCAAAAUGAGUUGUGGAAGAUUAUAGAUUCUUCUUUAACUGAUGAUUUAGACAUAGAACAAGCCUGCAAGUUUUUAAAGGUCGGCCUCCUAUGCACUCAAGAUGCUGCAAAGCUUCGCCCCGCAAUGUCCAAUGUCCUCGAGAUGCUGACCGGUGAGAAGGAUAUCGAAUCAGAGAACAUCACGAAGCCUGGUCUGGUCAGUGAUUUAAUGGAGCUCAAAGUUAGAGGUCGGAAGAGGGCCCAUGAGACAGGUAUAUCCACCAUGUCCUCUGCAGCUGGGACUUCACCCUCUUCAUCAGAGAAUAUUACAUGUCCAUCCAUAACCGUCACUGAAAUAUCUGAGCGAGACUGAACCUCAAGGAAGUAUAACUGGUAGGAAAAGAUGUUGCUGUCAAAGCUCAUGACUCACGUAGAUUCCAUGCAACAAUAUUUUUUUAAAAAAUUAUUUUUUGCCUUAUGUUUUCAUCUUUAUCUACAAUUUAUGUUAUGUGUAGAUAUAAAAAGCCAAGGAACCAUGUGGAAGUAUAAAUAAAUAACAGGGCAUUGUUUGAUUUAUUUGAGCAGAAAACUUUAUUUGAGAAAA